GACGUGUACCGGUUAUGGCGUCAUGAAAAUGCGACGCAUUUCCAUGUAUUCAAUCUAAAGCGCAAGUCGCAGUUGAAAUGAAUUCUCGAGGUUUCCAGUCUCAGCUGACCGCCAGCGUACCGGUGACUGGUUUGUGUCCACCGGGGGCAUAUGGCGUUCACGAUACACUUCGCCAUGGUUUCAACAAUGUGAAGAAUGAGAUCGUCCCUGCCCAUGCAUUGGAGCUGUCGGAAAAAAAUUUCCAGUUGAACCAGGACAAGAUGAAUUUCUCAACCCUUCGAAACAUCCAAGGUCUUCAUGCUCCGCUUAAGCUGCAGAUGGAGUAUAGGGCAGCGAGACAGAUCCAGCGUCUGCCGUUCUUACCGAGCUCCAACUUGGCGCUGGACACCCUCAGAGGCACUGAUGAAUCCAUGGGCUUUGAGGACAUUCUCAAUGACCCAACACAGAGUGAAAUGAUGGGCGAGCCGCACAUGAUGAUGGAAUGCAAGCUGGGGAUGUUUUAGAAGAUGACAGAUUCUUGUUAUUGUAUGUUCCUUUAAUCUGAUGAAACUGUUGAGGUGACUAGCAUAGCUUUUCUAUUAUUCCAAACAGGUUUGCAGUUUCAAUAAAUGUCACUAAAAAUA